AUGACGUCUCAUUUGCUUUUACUUGGUCUCUUGGUGGCGGGUUGCUCCCUUGUGUUUGCAUCGGACCCUAGUGCUCUUCAGGACUUCUGUGUGGCAGACCAAAAUAGCACAGUUUAUUUAUUUAAUUUUUUCCCUCGUAGUAUUCGUGAAUGGUUUGGUUUGCAAAGAGGCAAGCUUGUACAACCUGAUGAUUUCUUUUAUAGAGGACUGCAACUAAUGGGAAACACUUCGAAUGCGGUUGGGUCUGCUGUGACUCCGGUGACCGUAGAAGAGCUGCCAGGACUUAACACUCUUGGUAUCUCAAUGGCACGUAUUGACUUUGCCCCACAGGGUAUUAACCCCCCACAUACACACCCUCGGGCCACUGAAAUUUUGACUGUUAUGGAAGGCCGUAUUCUAGUCGGAUUUGUCACGUCCAACCCUCAAAACCGACUCAUCACAAAAGAACUUCAGAAAGCUUUGAGUAGUCAAAAUCCAGGAGUUAUUACCAUUGCAAACGCUGUUUUUGGGUCAAAUCCCGAUAUCGCUGGAGAUAUUCUUGCGAAGGCAUUUCAAGUUGACAUCAACGUCGUCUAUCAAAUUCAAUCGAAAUUCUAG